AUGGUUUAUAUGACUUAUUUAUUGUUAAUUGGUCUGGUUUUGGGUUUGGCUGCAGUUGCUUCAAACCCUUCCCCCUACUUUGCUGCCUUAGGUCUUGUUACAGUGGCGGGCAUGAGCUGCGGUAUUUUGGUAGGGUACGGGGGAUCUUUUUUAUCUUUAAUUCUGUUUUUGAUCUACUUAGGAGGAAUGUUAGUUGUGUUUGCAUAUUCCGCGGCCUUGGCCUCUGAGCCCUAUCCGGAGGGGUGGGGGAGCUGGCCAGUGUCAACGCUUAUACUAGCUUAUGUGCUCCUAGUGGUGUGUGUUUCCGUCUUUUUUUCGGGGGGCUGGUUUGAGGGGUCUUGGGUAACUGUUGAUGAGUUUAGUGAGUUUGCGUUAUUCCGGGGGGAUUCUGGGGGUAUUGCUUUAAUGUAUUCUUCGGGGGGUGGUAUUUUAAUACUAGGGGGGUGAGUACUGCUGCUAACUCUUUUUGUUGUUCUAGAAUUAACGCGAGGGCUUAGUCGUGGGACUUUGCGAGCAGUUAGA